UAACAUUCACAUUUGAACACCAAAGUUUUCAUAUCUCAAGUCCUCUGAAAACACUUUAGAAAACAAUCCAAAGCACAGAAAAUGGACAACUUGUUUCGCCUAGUAGACCACGAAGACUUGUUCUCUCGUCGUUGCAUUUGGGUCAACGGCCCUGUGAUCGUAGGUGCAGGUCCUUCAGGGCUAGCCACAGCAGCAUGCCUUAGAGAACAAGGGGUACCCUUCAUGGUUCUCGAACGUGCAGAUUGCAUAGCCUCACUGUGGCAAAAACGCACCUACGACAGACUCAAACUCCACCUCCCUAAGCAAUUCUGCCAGCUCCCUAAACUAGCCUUCCCCCAACACUUCCCCGAGUACCCCACAAAGAAACAGUUCAUAGAGUACCUAGAAUCCUACGCUAACCACUUCGACAUCAACCCUCAGUUCAACCAGUGUGUUCAGUCCGCAAGGUACGAUCAGACUAGUGGCUUGUGGCGUGUCAAGACCGUUUCCUCCUCUUCUGGCUCCUCACGCAACGAGGUUGAGUACAUUUGCAGGUGGCUUGUCGUGGCCACUGGGGAGAAUGCUGAGUGUGUUGUGCCUGAGAUUGAAGGGUUGACUGAGUUCAAAGGUGAUGUCAUCCAUGCCUGUGAUUACAAGUCGGGGGAACCCUUCAAGGGGAAGAAGGUUCUUGUUGUUGGAUGUGGCAAUUCCGGCAUGGAGCUCUCACUUGACCUUUGCAACCACCAUGCCUCUCCAUCCAUGGUUGUUCGCAGCUCGGUUCACGUGUUGCCUAGAGAAGUGUUUGGGAAAUCGACGUUUGAGUUGGCGGUUAUGCUGCUGCGAUGGCUGCCACUAUGGCUUGUGGACAAGAUUCUCUUGAUCUUGGCUUGGUUUGUUUUGGGGAACAUAGAGAAGUUGGGGCUGAAAAGGCCUUCAAAGGGUCCUUUGGAGCUGAAGAACACAAAGGGGAAGACCCCGGUUUUGGACAUUGGUGCCUUGGAGAAGAUUAGAUCCGGUGAAAUAGAAGUGGUACCAGGGAUCAAGAGGUUCAACAAUGGUGAAGUUGAGUUUGUUAAUGGUGAAAAGAUCGAUAUUGAUGCAGUGGUGCUUGCAACCGGUUACCGCAGCAACGUCCCUUCUUGGCUUCAGGAAGGUGAAUUUUUCUCAAAGAGUGGAUACCCAAAAAUGCCAUUUCCUCAUGGUUGGAAGGGAAAUGCAGGGCUUUAUGCUGUGGGGUUCACAAAGAGAGGGCUCUCUGGUGCUUCUUCUGAUGCUGUGAAAAUUGCUCAAGAUAUUGGCCAAGUUUGGAAGAAUGAGACUAAGCAAAAGAAACAACGCACUACAGCUUGUCAUAGACGUUGCAUUUCCCAAUUCUAAAAUGCUAAAUCAAAAGGACAUGACAUGACAUGACGUGAUGACUACCUAGCUAGUGAUGAUUUCUUUUAAUUAGUCUCAGGAAUUUUGUUGUUGUAUACACAAAAUAACAGUAUCUUGUAAAAAUACACAGUUACACACCCAAAAACAAAAUAUAGCACACAGAUAUAGAGCCCUCUCCGAUGACCAGAGUUUUUGUGGAUGGUCGUUUUUUUAAAACUAAGGAUGAUGAGGCUUUUUACCUUAUUUUAGUUUCAUCUCAUUUUUUUCCACAAAGUUCAUGUAUAGUUUGUAAUAAAUAUGUAACAAGUACAGUACGUACUUGAGUGAUCUAUUUCAAUGCUAGAAUUUCAACUUCGACCAGUUUGAA